AUGCAGCAGGGAAAUUCAAAGGAAGAAUCAAGCAAGGUCAAGGUAGAAUCAUUCUUAGAUUUCUGGAAAGACCUCAAGUUUUUUCUCUUCUUUCAUAACAAACACCAUUUAGUCGACUACUUAUCUGAGAAGGAAAGCGAUGAGCUCACGGAAGCCGAGAAGGUCUUGCUCGAACAGAUAAUCCUGUCUGCCGUCGACGACAAACUUGAAAUGAAAUUGAGACUUGAUCGCAGACUCCAACGUGAUAAAAAGGAAGAUGAUUACGCUACUAAACUUUUUAGAAUUGUUAGGGGAAAGGCAUUCGGCGAAGAAGAUUUUUGGGAAGGAAGCUUGAGCGAUUAUGUCUCCACUAUAGUUCCUACUUAUGGGAAGACGGAUUGA